GCGGUCAGGACAUCAAUGUGAGGUCAAAGUUGCGUCUUGAUGCAUGAAGCUGGUAGGUCAACUCUGCCGCUGCAAUAAGCAGACUAAGGCCAUGCCAAUCAGCAGCACCUAUGCAUCCAUCGACCUACUGGAAGUGGGCAGGUUUGAUCGGUGAUAUCACAGCAGCACAGUGUCAAUACGAGGGUGGGGAGGAGAACAAAGAGCCACUCACCCAACACCCACUUUGUCCUGAUUUCUCCAGGACAAUACUUGCUCAACCAUCACCCCGUCUUUCACCAGUCAAGUCCCGUGGUUCACAAUGGGGUCUGUUGGAACAGGUACGCGAAAUAAGGUCUCUGGAGGGGAGGAGGAGGAGACGAUCAAUGUCUUGAUCACCGGCUUUGCUCCCUUCCGCACCAACUUCCCCAUCAACCCCUCCUGGGAAAUCGCCAAAUCCCUCCCCGAGUACCUCCCACCCCCACCAACCCCCUUCAAAGGCAUCCCGGGCCACGUCCCUCCCCCCGGCACCGCCACAGGAACCAUCCCCCCACAUCCCACCAACCCCCCAAUCCCCCUCCCCAAAGUCCGCCUCCUGGUCCACCCCUCCCCCAUCCAUGUAGGCUACCGCGCAGUCCGCAACCUCGUCCCCUCCCUCUGGCACCUCGACUCUCCCUCCACCCCCAAAAUCGACCUAGCAGUCCACAUCGGCAUGGCCGGCCCAAGAGGCUUCUACUCCAUCGAGCGCCGGGCCCACAAAUCAAACUACACCAUGGGCGACGUAGACAACAACCUCCUCUCCGACCUCGACGACGAAUCCGCCCCCCACCCAUGGCAAGACCUCCCGGAAGAGCUCCUCUCCGACCUCGACAUGGAAGACGUCUUGCAAAGAUGGAGAGACCACUCCCCGCCCUACUCCGACUUGAGAAUAUCCGAAGAUGCUGGGCACUACCUCUGCGAUUUCAUCUACUACAGCAGUCUGGCGCAUCUGGUCAAGAAUAACCCUCACGAAAGGAAGAGGGUCGUCUUCUUGCAUGUGCCUAGCGAGGCUAGCCCCGCGUGGGUCAAGGUAGGGAGGGAGUUGUGUCUCAGUUUGGUGAGGGGGAUGGUGGAGAGUGAGGUUGUUAGGAGGGAAAGGGGGUCGAAGGUGGAGGACCACCAGGAAGAAGUGGGGGAGUUGUAA